GAAAGGGUGAGCAUUCGAUCGGGUUGCCCCCACCGAUUUGUGAACGUUGAAUCAACAGAACCAGUACAGUAGCAUCGCAGCAAGACAGAACCAAAAUCACGGCCUGUUAUCGCUUGUAGAAUCCAAUUGAAAGAAGACGAUGCAGCAUUAGCACCGAUUUCUGGUUUGCCCCACCGAUUUGUGCUGUUACUGGGAAGAAGCAGCAAUGGCUGUCGCCGAAUUCGUGAAUUGGGAACAAGAAUCGGACCCCAAUUUCGAAGAUUUCCUUGCCCUUCCCUUCUUCGUUCUCUUCUUCCCAUCCGUUCGUUUCUUCCUCGACAGAGUAGUAUUUGAGAAGUUGGGCAGACGAUUGAUAUUCGGGAAACAACACCAGACACUGGACUUUGCAAGAGGUGUGAGGAAAAGGAAGAUAAGAAAAUUCAAGGAAUCAGCUUGGAAAUGUGUUUAUUUUCUUUCAGCGGAGAUUCUGGCACUUUCUGUUACUUAUAAUGAGCCGUGGUUCACUAAUACAGUAUAUUUUUGGGUUGGACCAGGGAAUCAGGUCUGGCCUGAUCAGAAGAUUAAGUUGAAACUAAAAGGAGUCUACAUGUAUGCUGCUGGGUUCUAUACAUACUCCAUAUUUGCUCUGAUUUUCUGGGAAACAAGGCGCUCUGAUUUUUGGGUAUCAAUGGGUCAUCAUGUUGCAUCUGUUAUUCUAAUUGUGCUUUCUUAUAUAUUAAGAUUUGCACGUGUUGGUUCAGUUGUUUUGGCUCUUCAUGAUGCAACUGAUGUAUUUUUGGAAGUAGGGAAGAUGUCUAAAUACAGUGGCGCAGAAACUAUUGCUAGUUUUUCGUUUAUUAUUUUUGUGCUGUGUUUCUUCCUACUCCGUAUCAUCUAUUAUCCAUUUUGGGUCCUCCGUAGUACAAGUUCUGAAGUUGUCCUCUUCUUGAACAAGGAAACGCACAAAGUGGACGGACCAAUCUACUAUUAUGUGUUCAAUUCUCUUCUGUUUAGCUUGCUUGUCCUGCAUAUAUAUUGGUGGGUGUUGAUGUACAGAAUGCUUGUGAAACAAAUACAAGCAAGAGGUAAAAUUAGUGAAGAUGUUCGAUCUGAGUCCGAAGGUGAAGAUGAACACGAAGAUUGAUCGUUGUACAGAUUGCUGCCCCUGCUUGAUACAUUUUGUGUCUGAAUUUGAACUGGGCAGUCCCUCAUGCUUAUUCAAACGCAUCGAUGAUAUUAGUUCGUGGAUCGUUGGGAUGUAGUCGUUUUUACUUAAGUCUCCAGUGUCUUUGCUUGGAUUGAGAAAAGAACCCUUCUCAUUGUUAACUCUUAUAAAUUCUUAGAACACCACCCAUCAAUACUAAAAGAUCAGAUUUGCUUGUUAAUCUGAGGUAGAUGUAAAUGCAGGUGAAGCAGCUUAGCAAGCGGAUAAAGUUUUGCUUUUGUGAUUUUUGGAGGUUGUAAUUCAUCAAGUAAGCAUCUCGGUUACUCCCUAAGAUAGUCGACUGCUCUUAUUUGUGUUCAAGAAAGAUUGGUCUUAAUUCAUUUUUAGAA